AUGGACUAUCAGGUGUCUUUGCCUCAAUCCACCACCACCACAUGUCUCUCGUUCAAGGUUCAUCGCCAGCAGCCGGAGCUGGUAACUCCGGCUAAGCUAACACCACGAGAACUCAAACCUCUUUCCGACAUUGACGACCAACAAGGGUUAAGAUUUCAACUUCCGGUUAUCUUUUUCUACAGACCUAACCUUACAAGUAAUCUUGAUCCGGUCCAAGUGAUUAGGAGAGCCCUCGCGGAGACGCUGGUUUACUAUUACCCGUUCGCUGAAGGUCCAAACCGGAAACUCGCGGUGGACUGUACCGGAGAAGGCGCUUUGUUCAUUGAAGCCGAUGCUGACGUGGCGUUUGCUGAGUUAGAGGAAGCAAACUCUCUUCUUCCUCCUUUCCCUUGCUUAGAAGAGCUUCUCUAUGACGUACAAGGCUCCAGUGAUUUGCUUAACACUCCUUUGCUUCUCGUCCAGGUCACGCGUCUUAAUUGCGGUGGAUUUAUCUUUGCCCUCCGUUUCAACCACACCAUGACCGAUGGAGCCGGCCUGUCCCUCUUUCUGAAAUCACUCUGCGAGUUAGCGUGCGGGUUACGAGCACCCUCGGUUCCACCCGUGUGGGACCGACAUCUACUGACAGCGAGUGUCUCCGACCGUGUGACCCACACGCACCGCGAGUACGACGCUAAAGUAAUGGAACCUGAAGCAGUAGUUAAUGUCGGAGAAUGUUUGGUUAGUCGGUCUUUCUUUUUUGGUGCGGACGAGAUCGCCGCUAUACGGAGACUCCUCCUCCCGCCUAAUCUCCACAACACCACUUUUGAAGUGCUGACUUCCUUUUUGUGGCGUUGCCGGACCGUUGCGUUGAAUCCUGAACCCAACACCGAGAUGCGUAUGACUUGCAUUGUCAACUCGCGUUCCAAACUUAGCAACCCACCGUUACCAUCAGGUUACUACGGAAAUGCUUUUGCCAUUCCUGUGGCGAUAGCGACCGCAAAAGAUCUGAUAGAGAAACCGCUUGAGUUUGCUUUGAGGUUGAUACAAGAGGCCAAGUCGAGCGUGACAGAAGACUACAUCCGGUCCGUGACGGCCUUAAUGGCAACUAGAGGCCGGCCUAUGUUUGUGACUGCUGGGAACUUCAUAGUGUCAGAUUUGAGACAUUUUGAUUUAGGCAAAGUUGAUUUCGGGCCGUGGCGUACGCCGGUGUAUGGUGGAACCGCUAAGGCCGGUAUCGAUGUUUUUCCUGGAGUGAGUUUUUAUGUGCCGUUGACGAAUAAAAAGGGAGAGACGGGAAUCGACGUGGCGAUUAGCUUGCCGGUUCCUGCCAUGAAGAGAUUUGCGGAAGAGCUAAACCGUGUGUUAAAACGUCCAACAUGUGUGUGA